UACGUGUGCGUGCGUGUGUGUGUGUGUGUGUGUAUAUAAAGUGAAUCUAAUUAUUUGUAUACUUUUUCUUAUCAGCUCUUGGUAACUUUUUUUUUGUUCUUUGUCUGCAAUGAAUUAAUCUAUCUCUGUGUUGUUUCUUACUUCAUUAAUGUAUUUAAAGAGAUUGGUAUUUUAAAUAUAUAAUUACAGAUUGAGCAAAAUGUCCUCUGUACAAGUGGAUCGUCCUCCAAAAGAGGGUCAAAACAACAAGAAGGAGAAUGAAAAAUCUAGAAAAGUUUUCAACCUUUCAUAUAAGAAGCACAACAAGCAUGAUGACAAUCGCUAUUUCAAGUUCAGCAAUAGAAAACGACCCCAAAGCAGUUUUUGCAGUAACGGAAAAUCCUUUCUUCCCUACAAGCGUAGAAAGAAGGAAGGUGUCAUCAUCCCUCCCACAAAAUUCUUGCUCGGAGGCAACAUUUGUGAUCCCUUAAAUCUAAAUAGUAUGCAAGAUGAAGAGAUAAAUAGAGCUAUGAAUGCAGUGACUCCAAAAUCAAGUCCACUUCCUACUCCAAAGCACAAAAAAGAGAUUAUCGAAGUGAUUAUUCCUCCAAAUAUUUGUGAUCCCUUGAAUUUGACAAAUUGUAACGAUAACGAAGAGUAUGAAAAACAGCUCAUUUCCCCUACUAAAAAAAAUUCAAAACGAAGAAAUAAGAAGAGGAAGAGAGCUUUUUCUGGUUCUGGAAAAGAUGAAGGAAAAAUUGUGAUGGAUCCCAACGAAAAAUCAAGGGAAAUUGAAGGCAAUAGCAUGAUAGAUGAAUCUUCAGCGGAAAGACUUUCCGGUGAAAAAAUUAGUUUAGAAGAAGCGCCAAAUAUACAAAGUGAAAGUUGUUUAAAAGAAAAUAAGACGGAAAGUCCACAGAAAGAUAAAAACAGGUUACGAUUAAAAGGUUUAGAGGAAAUAAAGGAUAAGAGGUUGAGAAAAAUUGAUGCGAAAGAUAAAAUAGUGAGCCCAGUUAUUCCACAGCCUGGCGCAUGGAAACCCAGACCCCAACAUAGGCCCAGCCAGGAUAAAAAGAAGAAGCAACAGCUUGCAAUGCCCAAUUUUAGGCUUAAAGAUGCUAGAUAUCAAUAUGGAAACUACAAUAGAUAUUAUGGAUACAGAAAUCCUCAUCACGAAGUAGAUCCUAGAUUAAAAGUGUUUGCACAGCGAAAGGAAUUAUUCCUGGGGAAGGACAUUCUAGAUAUCGGUUGCAAUAUUGGCCAUAUUACUCUAUCAGUUGCCAGAGAUUUUGGUGCCAAGAGUGUUACGGGAAUUGACAUUGACAGAACUUUGAUAAAUAUUGCUCGGAAGAAUGUGAAACACUAUGUUAAUUGCGUGCAAAGUCCUGCGAGCAGUGAAGAUAAUGACAAAAGAGACUCUUCAGAUGCUAGUUUCUUUCCCAUGUCGAUGCCAAUUAGUUAUGGACCUGUAGAUAUUCCAGGAUUUACAAAAAACAAGCAACAUAAAGGAUUCCCAUAUAAUGUUACUUUUGUGCAGGGCAAUUACGUUCUUGAAAACGAUUCACUUCUGUGCGCGGAACAGUCGCAAUUUGACACAAUCUUGUGCUUAUCCAUCACCAAGUGGAUUCAUUUAAAUUUUGGCGAUGCCGGAUUGAAACAAGCUUUCAAACGCAUGCACGCGCAAUUACGUCCCGGUGGAGUUCUCGUACUGGAACCUCAGGGUUGGGCCAGUUAUAUCAAGAAAAAGAAUCUCACGGAACGAAUUUACAAAAAUUAUCACAGUAUUGAAUUCCGACCGCAUAAUUUUACUCAAUAUCUUCUGUCUACCGUUGGCUUUUGCAAGUGCGAAGUCGUCUCUAUACCACCUCAUCUCUCUAAAGGAUUUCAACGACCUAUACAUCUCUUCACCAAGGCUGGCGGCCCUUCUUCCACUGUUAGCGAACGUGUCGACGAUGACGUUACGAGUGAUACGCUAGAGAGUCGUCAAGAAAGAAUGACGAGGAGAGAUCAAGAAGAGAUUCGCGACAUGGAAAGAAUUAAAUACGAGCAGGAAUUGUUUCCAAAAAUCAGUAUCAGUAAAGGCAAUAUGUCAGAUAAUGGAGAUUUGAAUCAAUAUGAGCAAUUAGCGGACGUUUAUGCGCCCAGUACGACGCCGAGCUAUGAUACUCCGAGCCGUAAUAGUGAUAGUCAACCUUUAGAUAGUCAGCCAUCGGACAUGUCGAGGAUAAAAGAAGAGAAGGAAGAAAAUUUAUAAGUGACGGAAAAAAAGAGGGAAAAAAUUGGAGAGGGGGGGGGGGAAGAAGAGAAAAAUAAAAUUAAGAUAUUAAUUAAAAGACUAAAAGAGGACGACGAGGAUAAUUGAAAAAAAAGAAGUAGAGCAAAAGGAAAAAAAGGGACAAAAAUGGGAGGAGAAAUGGAAAGAAAGAGGAGAAAAUUCAAGUAUUAAUAAAUGAAAGAAGGAUAAGGCAUAUUUUCGCACAUCUAUAACACGAAAAAUUGAGUAUAACCUUGAAAUUAUACACUUUUCUUUUUUCUUAAAAAAAAAAAUUUCUUACAAAAUUUUCUCAUGAAUCGAUAUUACGCUUUAGUUUAAUUUUCAUUUUUCUAUAUUAUAAAUUUUUCUUCAACUUGAAAUUUAUUCGAAGAAAAAAUACCAAUUACAAAAAAAUAUGACCAAUGAAUGUUGAACGAAAAGAAGUUUAAGAAUUGAGUAAUUUGUAUGUAUUUAUAGCUGCUCAAUAGCUUUGAUUUCUUUAUUUUAGAUCUCUCUUUUUCUUUGUUACGCUUUUUUUUCUUCUUUUUUGCCUUCUUUUAGGGGUAUAAAAACAAGUUCAAUUAACGUGUUAAAGGACAUGGCGUGCGCGCGCGUCUUCAGUGUGACAAUUUCAUCUUUAUAACGAUAAGAGCAAAAAUCGUUUUUAGCGCCUACUAAGAGUAUCUAAAACUAAUUCUUAUCACUGGAGCUACACUGGAUUUUAACAAAAUUAUAUAAAAUGAAAGAGUUAUACAAAGUUGGAGCAGCGAUGUCGGUUGAAUCUAUAGAUUAUAUAAAAUUGUAAAUUUUUGUGUAAUACUAGAAUUCACUUAGAUUAGCUAAGAUUAUAUUUUAUUUAAUUCUCAUGACAUCAAGCCUGUUCAUCUUGAUCAGUACUUUUAGCACUCUAUUCUUUUUAUUUUGUUUUCUCUCUUUCUCUUUCCUCUUCCUUCUCCUCCUUCUCUUCCUCCUCCUCCCCCCCUCCUGCUCCAAAAGUGUGAAUAUUAGAUUGAGCAAAAAAAUUGUUUUUUUUGUUUUGUGUUUUGUUUUAUUAACUGUAAGAUUAUAUAUAAGAAUUGUAUAGUUAGAAAUACAAAUUUUUUGAUUUAAUGAGAAAUUCAGUCUGAUAUUUGAUAUUUAAUAGAAAAAAGUUUUCUAACGAUUUUUUAAUUUGAUAUUUUUACACAUAGAAAUAAACUUUUUUUAUCAUUAGAUAAUGUUAUAAUUUGGACCAAAAUUAUUGCGCAUUAAAAUUUAUUGUAGAUGCAAUAAAGUUCCUAGUUCAAGUAAAGCAAACUUUACAUCUUGUUGAUUUUGUUUCUAAAAUUCAUACUUUUUAUUCAAAUCUCAUGUUUUACGAAUUUACAUACAGUCCCAAUAUUAGAAAACUAAUAACGUUUUUAAGGGUAAAUUUCUGAGAUCACUUUAAGAAAAUCCUAACAUCAAAAUGUCGAGGUUACAAUCAGUUUUUAAAUGAGUAGAGUUUAAAGUUGGCAUAUUGUCACUGUUCCGAAAUUCGUGCGCUCAUGUAUGGCAUAUCGCAUAAUGAAUAUGUAUACAGAAUCGACAGAAAAAAAUAACAAUUAUAUUUAGAAACGCUUUCAUUACUGCGUGAUAUGCCAUAUGUGAGCGCGCGCAUUUUGGAUAGUUUGAUUUGUUAAUUUUAAAUAUAUCUCAUUUAAAAACUAUUGUAGCCUCGACAUUUUGGUAUUAGGAUUUUUAUCUCAAAAUGAUCUCAGGAAUCUAUUCUUAAACGUUGUUGCGGUUUUCAUGGGACACCUUGUAUAUAUUUCAACUAUCAAUUAUAAUACUAUUAUUAAUUAAUAUUGAUUCAUCUACUUAUCCUCAACAGUAUAUUAUUUUCUCUGGAGUCGAAGAACAAAAAAUUAGAAGGCGUAUUUUCAUUUUUGCAUUCAUCGGUAUAAUGUGUACAUAUGAAAAAAUGGUCAAGAUUAUAACACCACGCAUUUAAUAUCAUUACCGUACUUUGAUAAUACUAAACUGCGCGCUUGCUUAUUUGUGUUAUAUAGAAAAGCUAUGUGAAGAAAGAGAACGUUAAAAGAACAAUAUCUCAACGAGUUUGUCAAUCUGUAGUGAAUCCUAUGCAUAUGUAUUAAAAAAAUGUAGAGCUAUCGAUUUUUUUGUUACACACUAUGCUAAGGAGAUAAAAACGUUACGCGAUGCUAUUUCUUGUGAACCUUCAAUGCGCAAUUCAGUAUUAUCAGAGUAAGUAUUUUAGUUAUUAUUAUUGUAUUAAAUAUUAAAUACAGUCUGAAUUCUUUUGCAAUAUAUGUAUUAUAUUAGUUCGACCAAAAGAUUAAUUUUUCUGUUGUUUUGAUUUAUUAAUAUAAGAAUGUAUAGGAAAAUAACGAACGAACGUAUCAUGUUAAUAAAUGUAUAUUUAUAGAUAGUUAUAUUAUUUGUAUUAAGAUUUAUUAAAUUAAAAACCUACAUUAGCUUGAUCAAGAGUUCGUUCGCUUUUUUUCUUUCUUUUUUUUUCGUUUUAUUUGCACAGAAGAAAAAAGAACGAAGAUAUUAGGUCGUGUAUCCAUCCACCAACACACGUGCGUGUGUACAUGUAUAUAUAUAAUAUACGCAACAAAUUUAAAUUCCAAUAGUAUUAUAUAAAAUAUCCUGAAAUUCGCGAAUCGAUUAAUAUAGCUAAAUAAUUUACAAAAAAUAAAAAAUAGUUAUUUGUAAAUUUUUAUAUCAAAUAGUAAUUAUAUAUAUAUAUAUAUAUAUAUAUAUAUAUAUAUAUAUAUAUAUAUAUAUAUAUAUAUACAUAUAUAUAUAAAAAAGGGUUUAAAUCAUAAACUACAUUUAGACAGUCGCACGAGUAGCGGUACUUGAUGAACUCCAUGAUGGACGUAUAAAUCUCUGAUUGAUUGACUUUUUAAGUUUUUAUAUCUUAAAAAUUACUACUUCAAAUAAAAAUCGACAAAUUCAUUAAAUUAUUCGAGAACUUUCUUAUUGUAGUAUUUUUAUUUGCGAAUUUCAGGACAUCCUGUACUUCUAAGGCUGAUCGGAAAAGGAACGAAAACUUGGUUCUUUUUUUUUCUUUAGGUUUUAUUUGCAUAAAAAUCAUAUGGGAGAAAAAUGAAUUUUUCGACCAACCUAGUAAUAUAAUAGAUACGUUUCGAGUGUAGAAAGUGUGAAAAGUUUGACAAAACUAGAUUGUUUCGUGUAACUAUUUUGUAUGUUUAUUUAUGGACUUGAAAUUCUUAAAAAUUUGAGUGAAUGAGUGUGAACGAGCAAAUGAGAGAGAGAGAGAGAGAGAGAGAGAGAGAGAGAGAGAGAGAUGUGGGCAAGUCUAGUAAUUGAAAAGUGAUUGUAAAUGGACUUUUGACCAUAAUAAAUAAAAACCAGAAAAUAAAAAUAAAAAGAUUAAGUAUCGAUAAUGUGGAUAAUAG